ACGCGGCGCGGAGCGGCCGCCGUGAGCCGCAGCGGGCGCGUCGUCCCGCGGCGGGGGUGUGCGGGGAGGCGGCCGCGGCGCUGGGGAAGCGGCGGCCCCGCAGCGCGCCUUCCCGGCAGGGAACCGCCGCGGGGAGCGGGAGGUGCCGCGCUGGGAGCGCUGGACCGCUGCUCGGGAAGUAAUGCCGUGCGGAGCGUGAAAGUUCAAGGGAUGGAUUCGCAGCGGGAGCGGGGCUUUCAGGAAGACGCGCAGCUUUAGGUAGGAAGACGUGGGGCUUCUGCCUUCCCGCUGCUCCCAGCGGGUUGAUGCCCGCUCCGGGCAGGAGAAAGAAAGGGCGUUAGGGAUUCCGCACGGGGACCUUUUCCACGGAGCUGACCUCUUCAGAGAGCUGAAGUUGUGCUGCCUUACAUUUACAGUAAAGGUGACCCCCUGCUUUUUCGCCGUCAUUACCUUUUUAUUUCACAGGAUAGCCUCAUGAGAUAGAAGUCAGUUUCCAAAGUGCCCUGCAGGAGCUGCAGCCUUCCGCUUCAGAGCGAUCUGGCAGAAGGAGCCAAAGUCGAGCAGCACCACAAAAGCGGGCUUAGAGAUCAGAGCGCAGCGCUGCUGAGCGGGCGCUCGUCCGGUGCGGUUAUCUGUGCGCCUGGUAGGACAGCGUGCUUCACAGCUGUGCUCUGCGAGCUGCUGGCGUGAAGCGCCGCACGUGAAGCUUCCCUGCUCCAGAAAGAGAAGUACCUGCGGAGUAGGCAAUGCCAAGUGCCACACGCGACUUCAUUUGCUUUGGCUGAAGAACAGUGAGGAUAUUAAAAAAAAAAAAAAAAAAUUGCAUGGAUCAAAAUAAGGCUCUCUUGUGACCUCCUCACCUCAAGGGCCCUCAUUCUACAGAACCAACUCCAGUUUCCAGCCAGCUGCGUAUAGCACUGAAGGAAAAUGAACAUACUGAACCGCCACCACUUUUUGUGCUUUCUGCCUACCAUACGCCUUGUCAUCUUACUAGCAGCUCUGACAACUGCUGAGGAUGUGACUAAUAGCACUUUCAACCGCACUGGCACAAACACGGGAUCUGUGCCCGUGGUCAUCUCCCACAUCGACCAUAUCAUAGUCAAGGAGGGGUGUAGUGCCUUGAUUGACUGUAAUGUCCAAGGUAGUCCUAGCCCACAUUACAGAUGGUACAAUUCCAACGGCCGCCUGCUCCAAGAGGAAGAGAAUAAAGCAGGAAAAUGGUGGUUUCUUGAAAAUGGGCUACUAAACAUUACCAGCGUGUCUUUUGAAGACAGAGGUAAAUACACGUGUGUCGCAUCUAAUAUGUAUGGCAGUGUUAACAAUACUGUGACUCUGAGGGUGGUCUUUACUUCCGGAGAUAUGGGAAUCUAUUACAUGAUUGUCUGCCUUGUAGCUUUCACCAUUGUUAUGAUAUUGAACAUUACACGGUUAUGUAUGAUGAGCAGUCACCUGAAGAAAACGGAGAAAGCAAUCAAUGAAUUCUUCAGAACAGAAGGAGCAGAGAAACUCCAGAAAGCCUUUGAGAUUGCAAAACGUAUCCCAAUUAUCACUUCAGCCAAAACGCUCGAGCUUGCCAAAGUAACGCAGUUCAAGACCAUGGAAUUUGCUCGCUAUAUCGAAGAGCUUGCUCGGAGUGUGCCUUUGCCACCUCUCAUCAUGAACUGCAGGACUAUAAUGGAAGAAAUUAUGGAGGUUGUUGGUCUGGAGGAGCAAGGACAGAAUUUUGUACGGCAGACAGCAGAAGGCCAGGAAACCACUGAAACAGAUGAGCUCUAUACGAUCCCCAAUGCUUUGAAGCGCAGUGACUCUCCCACAGCUGACUCUGAUGCAUCAUCACUGCAUGAGCCACCUCAACAGAUUGCAAUAAAAGUGUCAGUUCACCCACUGUCCAAAAAGGACUGCAUGGAUGGUCAGUCACAAGAAAGCGUGCAGUUGGACACCAAGGAAGAAGACCUUCCUCAAACACCAGCACUUCCAACAGAGCCCUCUCCUGAGCCUUCUACUGAACUCAGUUCUGAUGACACAGCACUGGCAAAUGACACAUGUGUUAUAUAUGAAAGCCAUGUAUGAUAGUUACUCCUGAAUCUAUGCAUAGCAGGAAAAUCAGGUGGAGCUCUUUUAAAAAUACAUAUUGUACUUGCCGCUAAGCCUUACCAGGAGACUAUCAUAGCAAAGCAUGUAUGUGGAUUAUUGGCACUUUCUUCUCAGUUUGAUUUUAAUUUAUCAUGAUGUAUGGCAGAAUAAUUGCUAAUACAUUAAUACUAUUUGCUCUUUUGGAUUAGGAGUAUUUCCAAGAAACAUUUACCUCAGCGUUUUCUAGGCUGGAGUCACCUGUAGUGGCCACCUGGAGGUCAUUGGUAGUAUUUGAUGUAGGACGCUUGAACUUAACACAAAACUGGUUUUCAUUUUCCUUCACAUUUGUUAUUUUCCAUUAUUUUGCAAAUAUUGUCUUGUGAAUUUGAAUUAUUGCCCAAGAGGCAGCACUCCAGUAGCCAAAUAAAAUCCUAAUAGAUUACUUUUACAAAGCCUGUUUGUUGAGCCGCGUUGUGAUUGAGAAGGCCAUUAAAGAAAGUUAAAAUGUUUCCAUUUCAUUUGAGACCAGCCUGCUUAGGCACAAGGGAAAUAGGUUUCCCUUUUCCACUGAAUGAAGAUGCCAAUGAGUGGGUGGAUUUUUUGUUUUGUUUUGUUUUGUUUUCUUGUCAAGAAACAACUUUAAGGUGUAUUUUAAAGAUAGGAAAGCCCUUAAACAUCUUAGAAAAAAUUUGCAGUCAGAGCCCUGCAGGUUUUUUCUUGCAUUUGUUUGUCUGUCUCUGACUUUGCCUGAAGUUUGUAAGGGAAACAGUUGCAAAUAUGCAAGAUGUCUUGCUUUGUAGUAAUUUGGUAGGAAUAUGUACGUGCAGUGUUACUAGAAGACAAGCAGGUGCAUUAACAAUCCUGCAAACUCCAGUAAUCAGAUGAGGACAAGGGUGAUAUGCAGCAGGCACUUUUACUGGGAUCGUCUAUUUUGUGCAGAUUUUUAUUCUGGGGAUCAAGUCUAAAUUUAUCUGUGAGCAUAAGUUGGAGAAUGUUUUAUCCAAAUUAAAAAAAGUGUGCUGUAACAUUACAGUGACGGUCACACAAACUGUUUACUGUGUUGUAAUUUCUUCGAUAUUUUAAGAUAUUGAAGAUAUCUUGAUAUUGAUAUUGAAGAUAUUCUUUGAUAUUUUAAGAACAUUUUAAGGUAGGAUGCAUCCUACUUGGGAAUAUGUGACUCUAUCCCAGUAAAACUUUAAGUAUUACAGCAAUUGGGUUACAUUAAAAAAUGAUUAACAUUUAUGCCAGGAGUGGAAGGAAAGUGGUCAUUUCUAUUGCAGACAGACAAUAAAAAGGACCUUCUUUAGAGUGAGUAGGGAAAGAAAGCAGUUAAAAGGAGGAGCUUAUUUAGGGUUAAUAGCAUAUUACUUCAUUAUCUGACACAUACUUAAUUUGGAACUAAGGAACUUACUAUCACCUAGUAGUUUUGAAGGAAGACUGUAGUAUAUGUAUAGAUACUCAAAUCUGGAAUCUAGUAUAUUGCAAAAAAAUAAGUCACUUAGGUCUACGGAGAGGUGAUGCAUGGAUGGCUCCUUGGAUGUAUUAUUGAAGUAGUCACAUCCACAUAAGGCAUCGUUUGGAGGUAAUCAGCUAUGUUAGCUGCACAGCUCAUCGAGACCAAGCAAAGUCAACAUGGCAGCUAUCUAAAAAAACACACUGAUAACCGAUUGAGGUUAUCUUUGUAUUAAAGUGCAGAGCUUCACUAGCCAUGUAAUUCAGGAACACCUUGUGACUUGGUUAUUAAAAAAACACUUGUUUAAAAAAGGACUUCAGAUUUUGCGAUAAACUCAUGAAAAUGACAGCCUUUAAUUGCCUAACAUUUGUGCUCACCACUGUGGUAAGCAUCUCUACAAAAGGCAUUUGCACAUAUCCAAAAGGAGACGUGCAAGGGCAAAAUCCCUUAAGGAAUGUGGAUGGAAACAUUUUAGAGAGAAGGAAUAGAAAUUUAGAGCAAGGGAUAAGAACACCAUGAGGAACCUCACACCUGACCGUUGUGAUUUCAGACACUUGUGAUGCAAGCUUAUUUCCUUGUCUGAGUCCAGAAUACAUUUCUGUUCAGUGAUCAUAUCAGUUUUUCUUCAAGUCACUCACUUUGGUUCUAGCUUGAAAGAGGGUGAGGGCAGAAAAUAAAGCAAGAACUUACAUUAAAUUCCUUUCAUUCACCUUGAUCUCCUGAAAAGAGGCAUCUUGAUUGUUCUGCCUGCCCAGUAUUUACAAACAGUGGUAACACAGUUUAUACGUUAGCUGCUUUGUGCCCAGCUAAGACUGCUCAGAUGAUAAAGGAUGUUCUCCUUCAACAACUAUAAAAUUACACUUAAAAAAAAAAAAUUUCAGAAUUAAACUACAGUAUUUAAUUUUAUUUGCUUUCUAAUUACAAAUUUUUACAGUGGAGACCAGACCCUUUCAUGUAUUCAUAUGGUGAUUGGUAGUAGGCCAUUCUGAUCCUGUUUAUUGUCUCUGUGUAAACUUCCUUGAAGAUAAAGUUCAUACUGUUUUCCAAAGAUUGCCCACAAAGAACAUGUAUUUAUAUACAAACAUACCUUGGGAAUCAUUUAUGAGCAACGGUUACCUGGAAUAGAUGCAUGCAAUAGGUAUGGUGCUGAAUUUCUGCUGUUGCAAGGUCAAAGGGAAAUUCUCAACUGACCUUGCAGGAGCUGAAGUCACUGAUUGCCAAGUGUUCACAGCCAGUCUGCUGUAAAGCCUUUGGACAUCGAGCUUGGUGGUACUUCUGGAAUAAAAAACAGAACAGCACUGUACUGAAAGAAAAUGCAGGUUGUAAUGGUUCUGUUUUAUAUAUUUCUUCUCUUUUAUGUGUCUACUAUACUACACCUGAAAGCAUAAAGCUUUUUCAAUGCUUUCAGGCACUUCCUUUGUGGGAAAUGUGUGGGCUGCAAGAUCCAAACCCAUCUUUCCUCUUCCAAAUUUUCUGGCUGUGUUUUCACAAAGUAAUCAAUUUUUGAUUUAUUUAUUUGUAAUUUUUUUUUUGGCAGUAUUUCCUAGGGAAUGGCCAUUUUAUGUCACAAGAACACUAUUAACAAACACAAAAUUCUUGAUGGUUUGAAAGAAACAUUAACAUUUGCAUCGUUGUGUAUUUUUGUUCACAUUAAGUACUUCAGGGACAUUAAGUGAUCUGUUGUCAUAUUUGGACUCUGCACACCUUUUGCUGUACUGUUUUACUUAUUAUAUCAUCAAGCAGCAAUUGUUCUCAAAGUGCUCAGCACCUGAAAAAUCCUGUCCAAGGAUAUUUGCAUCUUAAAAGCAUAAGGAACACCAGGCCUGCUCAGAAAGGAAAUGAAAUUUGCAGAAUAUAUUUAUGCUCUUUAAAAUGUUCUUGCUGGAACUUCGUGAAAGAUGACUGGAUUUCUGCAGCACAAUAAAUCAGUGUUGGAUGUGAUUUUUGACACUCACUGUUCUUUUUGCACUAAACGUAAGAUUGUAUUAAUCAGACCACUUGAACACUGUGCUCACUAUUUACUGAGAGCAUUUUCUUUCUGAUCAGCGCUUGUUUACUGCUGACCCUCUUCUGUUUUCUGAAUGCGUGUGCUUGUGAUUAAGUCUUUACCCUUCACUCACUUUUAAAGACUGUCAUUUCAAAUUUUUUAGAAGGUAUGGAUCAGCAUUUUAUGCAGGUUUGUUGGUAUGAGGUGAGGCAUAGCACUUUGCUCCUGUGCUUAAAAAUUACUGUGUAACCAUCAUCAGUUUUGCUGAAUGGCAUAUAUGGGCAGAUGUUGUUUUUUCUUUUUUUUAACAGUGCCUGUCUUAUUCUAAUGCAGAUACAACAUCAGUUCCUCAAUUUGCAGUUACCUUCUGACAAAAGUACUGUAAUGUAAUCAGGGCUUUCUGACCUUCAGUUGGAUCCAGAGCAACUAAUUCUGAAAAGUAUUAAGUGUUGAAUUUUAAAAGUUCUCAUGGCCUGUCUUGGCAGCAUGCUAUUUUAAGAGUAUGUCGUACUUUGUGGGACAACUGAAAGCUUCUUAGAUGGAAAGGAAAUGUUUGCACUAAAGUAUCCAGUUAUAUUUCAUUUGUUAUGAAAUCCUUUUUAGUUUUAUGAGAAAUAUAAGAUAACGAUGUUCUUUGGAGAAGCAGCUACUGUAUUUUGAUUUAAAUAACUGCUACAAUUUUAUAGUUCGCAGCCGUAAACCACUGAGACCAGUUCAUGCUCUAGUGGCAAAAAGAAUUGCGAUCCAGCUUGUAAAUUGGUCAUUGUUUCAAUAAAGAAUUUGCACUGACUAUGCUGAGUUUGUACGCACUCAAAAAGAUGGCAGUUGCCUUACAUGAAUACACCAAGGCUACAGUUCAAAUGAAAGUAAACUAUAGCUUUCAUUGUACAUGUGCUAAUACAUCAGAACUUUGAUCAGGAGAAACAGUUAUUUGUCUAGACAUGAGUUUUAAUAAAGCUUUGAAAGAGA